AUGAAAGUGAAUAGCCACGUAUUUGACCACUCUACAAUCAUCAAUGGUUUGCGUGGUUUCCACUACAUGCACAAGCUAUUAUCACAAUACGCCAAUCUGAGCGCCACCACGCAGACAGAACAGCCUAGAUCAAAACAUAGUACCAAGGAACUACUACAGAGCAAUGCCUUGAUGUUUGAUGCUUAUGAUGAAACUGUUGAGAAUGAACUAGAAAAACUCGAAAAGGAAGACAUAAUAGAGAAAGUGGACCAAUCUGAGUGGGGAACACUAAUUGUUGUGAUUCCAAAAGCAAAUGGAUCAGUCCGUAUUUGCGCGGAUUACAAGGUAACUGUGAACCAACAACUACAUGACAGUCGUUACCCAAUACCAAGAAUAGAGGACAUCCUGAACAAAAUGCGGAAUGGAAACUAUUUUUGCACGUUAGACAUUUACAAGGCGUAUUUACAUCUUUCAGUGGACUCUGAAAGUUCUAAAAUCCAGACAAUUACCACACAUAAGGGUACAUAUAUAGCCAAAAGACUGUUUUUCGGAAUUAAGACAGCUCCAAAUGAAUUUCAUAAAUUUAUUGACCAAGUUGUACAAAAUCUGGAAGGGACAGUGGCGUAUUUUGAUGAUAUUGUUGUACAAGGCUGCACUGUUGAAGAGUGCAAAUCCAGGCUCAUAAAGGUCUUAGAAAAAUUGGAAGAACACAAUCUACAUGUGAAUGUUGAAAAAUGCAAGUUUUUUGAGAGAAAGGUGCAGUAUCUGGGUCAUAUCAUCAGCAAAGAUGGUAUCCAGAAAUCACCAGAAAAGGUGAGGGCAAUCCAGGAUGCUCCCCGCCCAUCAAAUAUCACAGGAGUGCGUCAAUUCCUUGGACUAGUACAGUACUAUUCAAAGUUCAUCAAAGAUGCAUCUACAGUGCUAAAUCCCUUACACCAGCUUCUAAGGAAAGACAAACGUUUUCAUUGGUCCCAGGAAUGUGAAAAAGCUUUUACUCGUGUUAAAGAAGAGAUAGCAAGUGACACAGUUCUUACUCCAUAUGACCCAGACUUACCCGUGAUACUUGCCACAGAUGCUAGCCCUGUUGGCUUAUCAGCUGUGCUCUCUCAUAAAAUGCCAAAUAAUGAAGAGAAGCCUAUUGUGUUUGCCAGCAGAUCUCUCACUGCUGCAGAGCGCAACUAUAGCCAAUUGGACAGAGAAGCAACUGCUGAUUUGAUUAUGAGAUUGUACACAAAAAGUCAAGCGACCACUGUCAAUGUGGUUGACGAAGAUUACACUGUUCGAAGAGAGACAAUACACUGCAUAACAACCGAUACUAUCAUGGCUAAAGACAUAGAAAAAGAAACGUCACUUGAUGAAGAACUCUCUUGUUUAAAGGAAAAGCUCCUAAACGGAGAAGUCGCUGACCCAGAAAUAUCACUUCAAGACGGAAUCAUUUUUAGAGGAAAUCGUGUUGUCAUUCCGAAAAAGCUACAACCUAAAAUCCUCCAAGAGUUACACUCAACACACGUAGGAAUAGUGCGGAUGAAGAGUCUGGCAAGAAACUACUGUUACUGGAAAAACAUUGAUACAGAUAUUGAGAGUAUGGUGGCAAGUUGUAAGGCAUGUUGUGAGAAUAAGAAAAACCCAGAGAAGGCCCCUACCCAUGUUUGGGAAAUACCAAAACGCAACUGGCAGCGAGUCCACAUGGAUUAUGCAGGACCUUUUCUAAAUCACAACUUCUUGAUUGUUGUAGAUGCCAGAUCAAAGUGGCCAGAAAUAUAUCCAAUAAAAAGUGCGCCAACAACUGCCAGUACUAUUCAUCACCUGAGAGAAAUAUUCAGUCACCAUGGCAUACCAGAAAUAUUGGUCAGUGACAAUGCUACAAUUUUCAAAUCAGCAGAGUUUCAAGCAUUCUGCAAACGCCAAGGAAUAAGACAACGAUUCAUUGCACCAGGAAACCCCUCUACUAAUGGUCAGGCGGAAAGAUUUUGCCAAACACUCAAGACAAAACUGAGGUGCAUGCAGUUUGAACAGGGCACUUUACAUGAAAAACUAUGUGCACUAUUAUUUCGGUACCGAGCUACACCACUGAGUACUGGUGCAUCCCCAGCACAAUUAAUGUUUGGCAGGAACUUGAGAACCAAGCUAGAUCUCUUAAGGCCUGGUGAAGAUGACAAAAAUGAGGCCCAACAACCAAUAUUUAACAAACAUUUCAAUAUUGGGGAGAGAGUACAAUCAAGAAAUUACGUAGGAUCCAUUCUGUGGAAAUUUGGAACUGUGGUGGAAAGGCUGGGGCGACUUCAUUACCUCGUGGAACUUGAUGAUGGGUAUGUGAUAAAACGUCACUUCAAUCAGCUUCGAGCUAUUUAA